AUGACGAAGGGGCCCUCCCCGGGCAGCUGGAAACAUGGCUUAAAGGCAAGCCGUGUCCCUGUGGGCAGAUCACCCAAGGAGGAUCUGACAGUAAGAGUGAGGAAUCUGGGAAUAAAAUCACCCAUCCGUAGAGGUCUCAGGAAGUCCAGAAUGAUUAGUUCAUUAAAAUUCAAUCUUAUUCUGGUUCUGUUGAUUUCUACAAUGCAUGUGUUCUGGUGUCAUCCAAUUUCAUCUUCUAAGGUGUCUGGAAAAUCUGAUUACUUUGUCCUUCUGCUGAACAGCUGCCCAACCAGGAUGGACAGGAGAGAGGGACUAGAUUUUCUAAAGCCAAUUUUGGAGAAGACACUUAAGAAAAGGUCCUUUCGCAAUGGUGUCGGCACAGGGGUGAAAAAAACUUCCUUUCAAAGAGCAAAAACGUGA